AAGACAAAAGUUCAGUUCUAUACACUUUGAUCAGUGUGCGUGGUUUGGAAUUUUGCGAAUAAGAUUUUCUGCGCCAACUUUUUCAUCCGUGAGAGUAUCUUUUCCCUCGUUUUCCGUGCAGUGUCGAGUUUUCGUGUGAACAAAGACGACCAGCAAUGGAUCUUGCCAAACUCAAGGUGGCCGACCUAAAGGCCGAGCUUGCGGCGAGAAAUUUGGAUACCAAAGGAGUGAAAGCGGUGCUACUGGAGCGCUUGAAGGAAGCGAUCGAACGCGAAACUAACGCGGCCGCCAACGUCGAUUUGACCAGCCAACAACAGUAUCUGGCACAACAGCAGCAUCAACAACAGUUGCUGCUGCAACAGCAACUGCAAGCGCAGCAGCAAUUGCAAGCGCAGCAACAGUUGCACGCCCAGCAGCAACUUUUUAUUCAACAGCAACAACUUCAGCAACAGCAGCAGCAGCAGCAGCAGCAUCAGCAACCACAGCAGCAGCAAAAUGUGAUAGUUGCUGACCCGCUGCCCCAAGAGCAGACCAUAGAGGAUUUGUCCAUGUCGAGCAAGCGAGUGGAUACACCGGUUCGGAGACGUAGUACUAGGCGUUCCAUGACACGAUCACCGUCUCCGCCGAAUAGCUCCGCGGAUAAUCCACACGCCUCGUUAAUGGGAAGUGCUCGAAAGCGAGGCCGAUCGCGAUCGAUGACAAAAUCGCCGUCUCCUCAGCGACUUACCAGCGAAACACCGUGUCUUGCAUCAGUACAGGAAGAAGAACCGGAACCAGUGGUGGAAGCAACAGAGCAGCGGUUAGAACCUACGGUAGAACCUAAAAGCGAUGACAGUGCCACCAUGGCACCUGUCGUCGAAUCACCUCCUGCUCCAUCACAUCAGGAACCGCUCGAACAAGCGGAACAACCGGAACCUGUACCGGCAUCAGUUGGGGCAAUGGAGGUUGAAGAAAGUGAAUCAAACGCACCGACCGAAGCGGCUGAAAAAUGUGAAGCAGUCAAUGAGGAGGUGUCUUUGGUCACGCCUGAAACGGCGGACACGUUGGAAGCGGAAAAGCUUUCCACACAGUCCGGAACCGAGCAAGAUUCGAAGGAAGAUGAACAGCAGGUUAAAGCUGAAGAACCUUCAAAGGCUACCGAAACAGGCGAAACGGAUGCUAAACCUGCAACAGCUUCAACUAGCGCGGAAGACACUGUUGCAAGCGAUAAAUCCCAGGCUGGAGCAACAAAAACCGAAAAGAAGUUAAACGCUCAACAACAAGCCCAGAAUAAUAUGGUUGAAUUCGUCACGGAGGAAGUUGAGCCGAAUCUGCCUACGGAAGCCGAAAAUACGUUCACGCUCAGCUGGUAUGAUUCCGAUUUGAAUUUGACCAUCGACCAUAAAGAUUUGCUGUCGGCGAAACCGCUGUCGGACGGCAUAUUUGGCCUAGUGUGGGCUGGCGUGCGUGCUAGCCGCGGUGUUACGGGCGGGAAGGUGUUCUACGAAGUAUUAGUAGUGGACGAGUUGCAACCCGCCACCAAAUCACCGCUGGUGCCGGAAGGCGAAACAUCCACACCGGAAAUUCGAAUAGGCUGGUCAACGGUGAUGGAAGGCAAACGGCAGCUUGGCGAGACGGAUCUUUCCUACGGAUAUUCCAGCUGCGGAAAAAAGGUAGUCGGUGGCAACUUUGAACAGUACGGUGUGGCGUACGGGAAGAAUGACGUGGUGGGCGUUUACUUGGAUAUGGAAGCGUCACCAUGUAUGAUGCAGUUUACGGUAAACCGUAUACGACAAGGGCCGGCGUUCGAGUUCGAAAAGGAAACGUUGGACGGCAAAGCUUUAUUCCCGCAUGUAUACGCGAAAAAUCUAUCGUUCAAAGUCAACUUUGGCACGGUGGAGGAUGGUUUUCCUCUAACUGUGAAGAAAGCACCCGCUGCUGACAAACCGGCAACCGAAACGGGCGACAAAGAUGCAAAACAAACUACCGAAUCAACAGCUGCGAAGGAGGAAGGAAAGGAAGGCGAUGCAAAGGAGGAAGACGAUUCCGUUCCGAAGGAGGAAACAAACUCGGACGAUGCCGCCAAGUUGGAGGAAGGUGUAAAAAUGGAUGAAACGGAAAAUACGGCAACCUCGACCGAUGAAUCAGCUGCCGAAAAAGUACCUUUCAAUGAAGAGUUUAAAUUCCUAGACUGCUUUAUUAAGGAGAAUGAAGCUUGCGUUGUCGACGGCUUGAAGGGACCGUCAGCUAGGGAUUGUUGCGAGCUUGUAAUGAUGAUUGGACUUCCCGGGUGUGGUAAAACAACAUGGGUACAAAACUAUCUGAAGGAAAAUCCUGACACUUCGUACACUUUACUGAGCAUCGAAAGUUUGCUAGAGAAUAUGAAGGUGUUGGGUAAAGCGCGGGAACCUUCGAAUACUCCACAGUGGCAGAAAGUGGUUGAACAACUGUCGCGUAACAUGGCACGAUUAAUCGAAAUAGCGUGCAAACGUCGAAGACACAUCCUCAUCGAUCAGACGAAUGUGUUCGCAUCCGAGCAAAAGCGACGUUUGAAAGGUUUCGGAGGAUUUAAGACACGUCGUGCUGUGGCGGUGGUACCGAAUCUGGAGGAGUAUAACCGACGGUAUGAACUAAAAGUUGCCAAAUACGGCAAGGAAGUACCUGAAACGACUCUUAAUACAAUGAAGGCAAACAUUUUUGUACCAUCGGCAGUACAAAACUGGUACACGGAAAUCGUAUUUACUGAGCUCGCAGAAACGGAAGCACAGGAAAUAAUUAAGAAGAUAAACGAGGAGGGCCGUAAAUUGUUGCCACCGCGAAGAAACCGUGCUAAUCAGUCGAACCGACAGAAGCAUAACAACAACGCCAACAGUAACUACACUUCGCGCUGGAAUCAUAAUCGUCCGCAAGGUGGUGGACAGCAGUACGGCAAGAAUCGGUAUGGUAACAAUGCGGGAGGUGGCAGUGGCGGAUACAACCGUUACGGAAACAAAUCUAACGACAACGUUGGCCAGUAUGGACAUCAUCGCUCCGGGGAUUACCGCAGCGGCAAUGGAUAUGGUCGCCGAGACGAUCAUCACCACCGUGGAGGAAGUUACGGUUCGGGAGGAAACCGGUAUGAUUCCUGGAACCGGAACAGUGGCGGUGGAGGAGGAUAUUACAACGAUCGUGGAUAUUCCAACCGUGGCUAUAAUCAACAGCAGCAGGAUCAUUCCAGUAAUCGAUAUGAUGCACGCCGUCGCGAUCGUCGGGGAUAUAACAAUGGCUCGGGAUGGAAUACACAAGGAGGUCAAUCGCAGCAAUGGAACAACAGCUACCCAAAAUCGGGCAGCUCGGAAUCCUGGUACUUAUGGUGGCAGUCCAACCUGAACAACCUGCUCGCGCCAAAUGGUAGCAAUGCGGCGGAUGGGUCAGCUGCCGCCGCCUCAUCGUCCCAGUGGAACCAGUAUGGGAAUAAUGCACAUCAAUCCUCAUCGUACGGAAACUAUAACUCGAAGGGUUCCGGCCCCGGUACAAGCAGUAUGGGUUGAAGGAAUUCGUAAACAGUCAUCGGCAGGAUAAGAACUUGCUUCCGUUCCGCAGCUCUCAGUAGGUGGUUUUACUUUUUUUUUUAAGCUAAUUGAACCUGAGACGUAAUUUUAACGUAGUAGUAUAAAUUACUUUAGUAUGUUAGAUGAAUUUUUUUUUCAUUAACAUUACGUACACACAAACACGAUCAAUUACUACUGCUUUUCCCACACACACACCAACACUUACACAAACAUAUGACAUCGUAUUCAUACGCGACAAACCUGUAGUUGGUUAUGUUUAAGGUACGUUAUGCACAUUUAAAAAAAAUCCUACAAAACACAUGGCCCGCGUUAGCAACGGACAUACAACUCACACGGAAGAUUUAGGCAAUGGUAGUGAGAUAAAUUUAAGAGCACGGAAUUUCGAUUUUAAGGUAAAGAUUCGAUCAUGGAGUCAUACGAUGGGGAUGAUAAUUUAUGUGUAAUACGUUUGUUUCCAAUACCUAAGAGAAAGCUUGAUGUUCAACAUUAGUGCGGUAAGAAACGGAUUGUGAAAGGUGUGUGAAUUUUCUUUCUCUCGUUUGGUAGACAUUUUAACGCAAUAAUGGAAGCGUUCCCUGUUUCUUGAACGUUUUUAUAUAAAGGUUUCUUUAAGGCUGGCUUUUUUAUAUUCAGUAAUAAGGAUAUAUAUAUUUUUUUUUGUAUAGUUACAACGAAUUAUGUUAAAAUGUUACACUCUUCACUCUUUUUCGUUUAGUUUUCAUAACAUGGUAAGAUUUUAUUGUUUAGUGCUAGGUGCUAACCCUUGCGAGGAAACCAAGUAAAAUAUGCACAUCCAGCGAGUGAAAAGAUUUGUUUUUUUUUCUAUUUACUUAUCGUUUUACAUUUUCAUGCCUUCACCAUUCAUCUUAAUUAACAACGUAAGAGGUAGUAUUGAGAAAAUGGCUCCAUAGGCCUUACUUUAUUAAAUAUGGUACUGAAACCGAUAGGGGGUAGAAGAAACAAAACUCACCCCUUGCAUAUUAAAUGACAGAAAUGGCUGUCCGCGAGAACAAAGAGGGACGGUUAAAGAGAAAAAUGAUCGCGAAAAAAAGAAACGGAUUAUCCUGUUUUGUUUUGCAGCAAAACGGAACUACAAAAGGGAAGAAAUUUAGUAAAAAAAAACAAACAAUUGUGUAAUACAGACACGAAAGCAGCGAUUGUAUCAAUAGAAAGUAACACAAGAUUUUGGCGUGAGUUAACCAAUUAAAUUAAAAGAAAAAAAACAAAAAAAAACAUUCUUAAACGUAUCUAUGAUUGCAAAUGACAAAACCAUGUAUAACAAAACAAAGGAGUUCGUAAAUGGAAUGCUAAACUAGUAAUAUCUAGAUUGUUUUUUUGUUUUUUUGCAAAAUGAACGAAACAAAUAAAACAUUAAAACAUGGAUCGAGUGCGAGUUCUGUGCAAAAGAUAAGGAAACCAUUUUUAUUGCCAUUUGCAAGUACAACCGAUACACAACUAAAGAAAUCUAACACCCAACUUGUCGCUAUCCACUGUCUAUACUUAAGGUACAAAUAAAUGAAAACUGUCCAUAUA